UAAUCGAUGUAAGAUAUUUUUAAAAUGUUUACUAGCCUGAAUGUGUCUACGUUCAUAGUAAUUUCUGUAUAUAAUUUACUAAUAAGUUCACAUAACAAAGAAAUUUUCAUUUGUCAUUUGAAAGAUGGCACUAACCAAUAUCCUACUUCUUAGUCAGAUAUCUGGAUAUGUCGUAGCUCUUGUUUUAUCACUUUGUAUCAUCAUACCAAUGAGUUUGCAUGAAGACGAAUUUAGAGGACAUUGUCUGUUGUUCUCAACAGGAACUUGGCAAGAAUCAGACGGUCAGUUUGUAGUAAAUUGGGCCUCACAAGCUUACUGUAAUUACACGAUAUUUGUUGGUUUGAUGUUGUUGUUAACAUCUGCGGUUCAAAUUUAUCGGCUUUCAUUGCUUAUGUACCGUGGAGAAGAUAGUUCCUUCCUAUCUGCAUUCAUAGAUGUUGUCAGUUCAAUAUUCCUUACAACAAUCGCUUUAAUCGCUGCAAUUAUUAUUACGCUUGGAUUUAUGACUUGGUGUCAAUGUAUGACCAAAAGAUUUCCAUCUUGCGAAUUGGCAGCUGGGAAUGACAUUGACAAAGCUGAUGGUAUAGACACAACUGGUUUUCACAUUGAAUUAGCUGCAGUCCAAUUUGGUACAUGGACCAGUUUGUCUAUUUGGGUUGGCCUGUCGGUAUUCGCAGUAUUAAAAUUGUUACGAUAUCAUCAAUUAGAAAAUAUGAAGGUUUCAAUGUACAGAGAAAGACAAAGAUUAAUAGAAGCUGCCAGAAGUAACGAAAUACAAGAAUCAACUUAAAAAUUUUGAUCGCCUAAAACUCUUAAAAUGGUAGUAUUUUUUUAUUCUAUUAUUCUUACUCUUCAGAGAAAUAUUUAUACCCUAUGAAGUCAGUUUGCCAAACGCACACUUUGUUGUAAUCAAUAUAAUCAUAAACAUUUAA